GUCCACUCGCCAUCCACCAGCAUGGCCACGUCCUCCCAGUACCGCCAGCUGCUGAGUGACUACGGGCCGCCGUCGCUCGGCUACACCCAGGGAACUGGGAACAGCCAGGUGCCACAGAGCAAAUAUGCAGAGCUGCUGGCCAUCAUCGAAGAGCUGGGGAAGGAGAUCAGACCCACGUACGCAGGGAGCAAGAGUGCCAUGGAGAGGCUGAAGCGGGGCAUCAUCCACGCACGCGGGCUGGUCCGGGAAUGCCUGGCCGAGACGGAGCGCAACGCCAGGUCUUAGCGGUGCCCGACGCCAACACUGGGAAGAGGCAGGAGGCCGCAGCCAGCUGCCCACGGAAACUUGUUCUGGAAAUGUUAACAGUUUUGUUUUUUCCUGCCAUGGUUCGCUGGGCUCUGAACCUACAGUCUCAAAGAAUGAGAAAAGGUUUCACAGGGAAUUAGGGUUCACAUCUUAUGUAGUUAGGCCAACCCAGGGUUUUGUUUUAAGCGUUGAUUUAAAAGAUGCACGACAUUACUUUACAGCAAACUGUUGUUUGCGCCCAAGAUCCCGGUGUCUCCCCUUAUCUUCUCCUUUGAAUACAUUUACACCUUCCAGAUUGUUCUUUGUUGCUUGUCAUAAGCCCUGCCAACCUGAGGACUUGGUUCCAUGCGACUCGCGGAGCUCUUUACCCAGCAGCUGGUCCCGCUGGCUGU